CCCCUCGAGAGCGGCUCUGCAAUUGGAGGAUGAGUGCCCGGCCCGGCCAUCGGGGGUCGGGGAUUCGCUCGCAGCUUUCUCCCCCUCCGACCGUGAAGGUGAAGGUCUCCUCCAGGCGGCUCCAGGUUUCAGCACUCGGGGAGCUCCAGACUUGACAUCGCCCGCAAUGGCUCCCGGAGGAGGAUCCGUGUUCGCCGCCGUCCCGCAGGCCGUCCCGGUGGCAGUCUUCCAGCUCACGGCGGAUUUCCGCGCCGACGGGGACCCUCGCAAGGUCAACCUGGGAGUGGGAGCCUACCGCACAGAUGCAGGGCAGCCUUGGGUCCUGCCAGUAGUCCGGAAGGUGGAACAGAUGAUUACCAAGGACACCAGCUUGAAUCAUGAGUACCUGCCUAUCCUGGGCCUGCCAGAAUUCCGUUCCAAUUCCUCACGAAUUGCCCUAGGAGAGGAUAGUCCGGCCAUCAAGGAGAACAGGGUGGGGGGUGUCCAGUCCUUGGGGGGCACAGGGGCUCUGCGCAUUGGAGCAGAGUUCCUGAGGCGCUGGUACAAUGGAACCAACAACACAGCAACCCCUGUCUACAUCUCUUCUCCUUCCUGGGAGAACCAUAACUCUGUCUUCACGGAUGCCGGCUUCAAGGACAUCCGGACCUAUCACUAUUGGGAUGCUGCAAACAGAGGACUAGACAUUAAGGGAUUCCUGGAGGACUUGGAGAAAGCUCCAGAGUUCUCCAUCUUUAUCCUCCAUGCUUGCGCUCAUAACCCGACUGGCACAGACCCUACACAGGAGCAGUGGAAGCAAAUUGCUGCUGUCAUGAAGCGCCGCUUCCUGUUUCCGUUUUUUGACUCUGCCUACCAAGGCUUUGCCUCAGGUUGCUUGGAUAGGGAUGCCUGGGCAGUCCGCUACUUUGUUUCUGAGGGCUUUGAACUUUUCUGUGCUCAGUCCUUCUCCAAAAACUUUGGGCUGUACAAUGAACGUGUGGGCAACUUGACUGUUGUGGCAAAGGAUGCAGACAAUGUGCAGCGUACCUUGUCCCAGAUGGAGAAGAUUGUCCGCACGACAUGGUCUAACCCCCCAUCACAGGGUGCACGUAUUGUGGCCACUACACUCACUUCCCCAGAGCUGUUUGCUGAGUGGAAGGAAAACGUGAAGACAAUGGCGGAUCGAGUCUUGCUGAUGCGGGCAGAGCUCAGGUCUCGGCUUGAGGCCCUGCACACACCAGGCACCUGGAAUCACAUCACAGAGCAGAUCGGCAUGUUCAGCUUUACUGGCCUCAACCUUAAGCAAGUCCAGUAUCUGAUCAAGGAGAAGCACAUCUACCUGAUGGCCAGCGGCCGCAUCAACAUGUGUGGCUUGACUACUAAGAACCUGGACUACGUUGCAGGCUCCAUUCAUGAAGCUGUUACCAAGAUCAACUAAAGUUGAAACUAGAUAUUGUAUGCAGUUGUGUGCAACUUUCCUGUGAUGUUUUACUGGUUUUGUUUGCUUAAACAAACAUAGGCAGCCUCUGGAGCCUGUGACUUCAUGUGGCGGAAUGGUGGCAGGGCUGCUUAUCCAUCUCCUAAACUGCUGCUUUUCGGCUCAAAACGUGUUCCUUUCCCAGAAAGUGCCCUUUCCUCUGUGGAGGAAGGAUAGAGGCAUCCCUGUGGGGUGGGAGAAAGUCCAGGAGAGAAAGGGUUAAGCAGAUUCUGAUGCCCCCUCCUCCACUGCUUAAACUUGCAGUCUCCUGAGGCUUGAUUGUAAACUGCUAAACAGUGGAGAAAGGUUAUACGCAAUUGCAUCCAACCUCUAGUUUGAUCCUAAGAAACAUGAACAACCAAAUCCCUCCAUGCUCUUAGUAUGUAGUCUAUGUCUGCCCACUUGGCUGAGCUCACUUUUGUCAUCCCUGUGACGCAGCAAGGACUGGGAGCAGAGAUUCUGCCAGCAACAUCUUUCCCUUCCUUUUGAUGGCCUGUGGUUUGCGUUGGAUGGGGGAGAGGCUGGCUAAAAUCUUCUCUUCCUCCUGCCUGCGAGCGAUCAGUUUGCACCUGUAGUAUUGAUAGCUACUAAUUGUAGAUCCCAAGCACAUGGCCUCUUCCGGCUGCCUUGUCUGUACGUCCACUUGCACUUUAUGUAACUGACCGUCUCUGGCCCACGCCUGCUGCAGUAGUGUCUUGUGGGACAAAUCUCCAAAUAGUUGGGUCUCCCAGUUACUGGCUGCAGGCUCAGGCUGCAUGGAGUAUUUCAGGGAGCAAGGCUGGUGCUGGUUCCCUUGUUUCCAGCCUUGCAGGAGCUAAGAUUGUUAUCUUAAUGAUUGUACCAUUUUCUCCUGUCCAUACAGCAAAAUAAAUUUUCAUCUCUUUAUGCCA